AUGGUGGCACAUGGCAUACCAACUCUCUAUGCCUUGGACAGUGUACACAAGUUCAAAGCUCAAGGGUUUUGGCCUUUGAAGUCUCCAAGAGAAUCAAUUUCAGAUGCUCAAAUUAUUCUGGUUGGAGCUGUUGUUGCUCCUCAAAUCUCGAAGAAAAACAAACAAUGGACUGGUUUCUGGUUUUGAGUUUACAUUAAUAUAAUCAAAUCUUGCAAUUACCCAAAUUUGGAAAUGAAUCUUGAGAAGAAAAGAGUAGAAGAGUACUACUUAAUGAGUUUAGCUUCAAUUUUGUUGAAGAGACCUUUCUCAUGGCUCUCUCUCCUAGCCCCUCCACUUCUUCACAUCCUUGGACUUCGUUUCUUACAUCUCCUCCUUACUUGUGUUGCUUUGUUCUUCUCUUCAUUCUUCUUCCCAAUCUCACUCCCUCCUCCUUCAAUCCAAGCAUCAAAACAAGUUCAAGAACAAGAACAAGAACAAGAACAAGAUCAAGAACAAGAACAAGAACAAGAUCAAGAACAAGAACAAGAACAAGAACAAGAUCGAGACUAUGUUGCUAUUCAUGAAGAUAUCAUCACACCAAAAUCCGAGGACAAUAUCGAAACGACCAACGGUGAGGUUGAAGACAACGCAAUCCCCGAUGAUGAGAGCCUCAUAGAGCUGUCUUUACCGAGUGGUCAUUACAUUGGUCACCACUACACUAGUAGCAAGAACCAUAUCUAUCUCCACAACAACAAAGUUCAAGAUUUCAAGCUUUUUGAUCUAUUCAUCAAUGAUUUCAUCGAAGAAGAUAACCUCAUUGAAAUCGAUAUCUCCAUCGGAUCCAUUAAGUAUUCAAGGUUUGAGAUCAAAGCUUGA